GGAAAACACCUUGUUGAUGCUUCCCCGCACCGGCGUCGUUUAGGGUAAAUUGUUUCAAACCAUUGGCACCAUGAAUCGCCCCAAGGAUCCAAUCACACCUUGGAUGGUAACCCUCCACGUGGGUUGGUAAAAUUUUCCUGCUACCAUGGAAUGGAUGCGACCUGGGAGACCUAUAGAUAUCAGGGGAGCCCCGGCGAGUGACUGGUCGCCUAAUCCUGGGGCAGAUGCAACCUGACCUGUUCUGUGUGAUACAUAAAUCGAAUACGCCACCAGUUUUGCGCGCGUUGCUUGGCGAGCGACACGAUGGAUCUCGGGUCCCUGUCGCGGCUCCAGACGGAGGGGAUCAACCCCAGAACCACUAACAUUGACCAGGUGUCGACCUUGGAAUUGUGCACAUUAAUCAAUCGUGACGAUUACCUGGUCGCGGAGAGUGUCACCCCGUUUCUACCCCAGAUCGCAGACGCUAUCGAUGAUUUGGCUCCACGAGUCCGUCAUGGAGGACGCGUGAUCUAUGUCGGCGCCGGGACGAGUGGAAGGCUCGGUAUCCUCGACGCAUCCGAAAUCCCUCCCACCUUUGCCGCGCCUUUUUCGCAAUUCGUCGGUAUAAUCGCGGGUGGAGAUGCUGCCAUUCGGAAGGCCCAGGAAGGGGCCGAAGACAGUAUCAGUGCAGGAGAGCAGGAUCUGGAAGCACUCCAGCUUGACCCGGAGCUCGAUAGCGUCAUCGGGAUUGCAGCAUCCGGUCGCACCCCCUACGUCCUCGGAUGUAUGAACUUCGCCAAGCGCCUCGGGUGUCUCACAAUCGGCGUUGUCUGCGCUUCACCGUCAGCCAUGAGUCGGGCAGGUACAGUGGACCAUAUGCUCUCACCACUUCCGGGGCCGGAGUGCGUGACGGGAAGCACUCGUCUCAAGGCGGGAACCGCCACGAAAUUGGUGUUGAAUAUGCUGAGUACGGGCACGAUGAUCCGCAUUGGCAAGACCUACGGCAAUAUGAUGGUCGACCUUGUUGCCUCGAAUAAUAAGCUGAAACAGCGGUCCCGGAAUAUAUUGCGAAAAUUAAGUCCGCGGUGUGACAACAUGACCGACGAGCAGCUGGACAACCUUUUAGCACAGUGUGAUGGCAGCGUCAAGCUAGCGCUGAUGACGGCCAACACAGGAUUAUCGGUAGAACAAUCCCAGCGGAGGCUCGAGUCAGCCGGCGGGAUCCUGGCGCAGGCGCUGAAGGCAGCGAACAAACCUUGCACGGGUAUCCAGCCGAAUGGGUCAGCGGCUCCUGACCGCAGGUUCAUCCUUUGCAUUGACGGAGGAGGAAGCAAAUGCGCGGCGGUGAUAACGGAUGAGGAAGGGGAUAUCUUGGGACGUGGCCUGGCUGGCCCGUGUAAUUUGACUGAUGGCCACGGAAUGGGAGAAGCCAUCGCCACUCUUGAAGCAGCCGCCAGAAACGCCAUGAAAAACGUACCCGCCCAAAUCCUUGGAGAUGAUACCCCACUAGACGGAUGCUUCCAGAUGGUCUGGCUGGGUCUUGCGGGGAUUGACCGCAGCGGGUUUCGCGAAGCUCUCCUGCCAAAUGUCUCGGCCCUCUUCGGGGUAACAGCCCCCGACAACUUGCUCCUCACGAAUGAUGUUGACCUUCUUGCUGCGGCUAUGAGUCGAAACCCGGGGAGUGAAUCGGCGAUCGUGCUGAUUGCGGGGACUGGAAGUGUGGCCAUGCGAUAUCAGUGGACAUCUGGACGCCCGGUGCGGGUGGCGCGAUCCGGAGGCUGGGGACAUAUUCUGGGUGACGAAGGUGGGGGAUAUGCGAUCGGACUUCGAGCUAUCAAGCACACUGUGGCCCGGCUGGAAGAUGCUCGCCUAGGACUGGGUGGUGGGGAUAGUACACUGGGUGUCUUUGAACAAGCCGUCCUUAAGCGACUGGGGUGCGGCCAAUCCCCCAGUGGUGAGUAUGACCUGGUCAGCGAGGUAUUGGUCCCUCAACAACAAGCAACCAAAACCCGAAUCGCUGGGGUUGCAGAAGCCGUCCUCAGUCUGGCGGGUACUGACGACACUGCGACACGUAUCAUUCACGAUCAAGUCGACGAUCUCGUGGAUACCACCCUCGGGCGCCUCCUCCAUCCUAAGUGCCAGGGAUACCACCCUCCUGCAGAAACGGGACUAAUCCUCUCUGGUGGGGUCGUCAGUCAUGUCACCUAUCAGAAGCUUCUGAUUGAACGGUUAUCGUCUCGGGGGAUCCAGUUUUCGUAUGUAGAUCGGGUGCAUGACGCCGUGAGCCUGGGUGCGACAUCGUUGGCAAUGUCUCAGCAGAAACAGACCUGAGCCUUCUGUCUCAUCCUUGUAUAUCAAAUUUUGGUAGCUUAAAAUAUCAUAGUAAAGGGACACAUUCGGCCCUUCAUCUCGCAGCAGUAAACGUUCCAGGGACAAGAGGAGUGAUUGCAGGAGGAGUACCCAGCACGAUCUGAUGUUAUCUUGUGCCAGCCAGCCAAAUGUUGGUAAUUUUGCUCCGAGACAAUCAGUCCCAAUUCAUUGUCUCGCGCAGGCCGCGCCUAAAACCCUCGAGACGGUCCGUUCAUCUAGAAUCGCCAGCUUAGAUCGAGCAGUAAAGCUAGUUGUAUGGCUGUUUAAACUCCAUAUAAUUGGUUGUACAUACCAGAAAGUUAUCCUACCGAUGCAAG